AUGUCUGAGUCCCAGCCACUUCUCCUUGAUCCAGAGGACCCCCACUUUCACGAUAAUGUGGUGGAGGCCCUGAGAUCACUGUAUCAAGAAAGUCGAAAGCAUUGGAAGCUCCGCUUCAUUUUGCUCGCAGUGUUGGGAACAACCCUCACUAUCCAUCUAAUUCUUUUGAUUUCCCUGAUCAGACACAGUUUCACGUACCAUUACGUGUAUUUGGGUAAAUCGCCUUCGAAGCUUACCACUUCUGAAGCUGAGAGCGAAUUCAUUCGUGUUCUCAACCAUUCAAACUAUGCCCGCAACUGGUCGUACCAUUACACUCAACAGCAGCACUUGCUGGGCCAGAACAUGGAGCUCGUGGAUUGGACAAAACUGAAAUUCAAGGAGUUUGGCUUAGUAGACACUAAGGUUGAAACAUACGAUGUGUAUUUGAACAGCCCAGUUGACCAUGCCUUGAAGUUAGUGUCCAAGAAAGGAAAGGUACUUUACUCGGCUUCUUUGAAAGAGGACGCUUUGCCAGAAGAUCCCACGUCACAGAACGACACCGUGCCAACUUUUCACGGCUACUCGGCUAAUGGUAAUGUCACGGCCGCGUAUUUCUAUGCCAACUACGGAAGAAAACUGGAUUUUGACACUUUGGUUAAACUUGGCGUCAACAUGACAGGUAAGAUUGCCAUUGUGCGUUACGGCGCGAUCUACAGAGGUUUGAAGGUCAAAUUUGCUCAGGAAGUUGGUGCUUCCGGUGUGGUGAUGUACUCGGACCCAGGAGAUGAUGGGGAAUUCAUUCCCCAGAAUGGCUACAAACAGUACCCUCAUGGACCUGCCAGGAACGAGGCCAGUGUUCAACGUGGCUCGGUCAUGUACCUUUCAUAUGGUCCGGGAGAUCCUACUACACCUGGCUACGCAUCCAAAGGAAAAGUAAAGAGAGAAGAUCCAUAUAAAACCACCCCUAAGAUCCCCAGUUUGCCAGUCAGCUAUCGUGAUAUCACCCCCAUUUUGGUGGAGUUGAAUGGGAAAGGUGUUUCUGGUCUGAAGUUGGGCCCAGAUUGGGUAGGUAAGUUAGAGGGUUUUGACUAUAGUGUUGGUCUUUCACCUGCCGAAGAAGUAGUAACUCCACUCCUCAACUUGUACAAUGAGCAGGAAUAUUCCAUCGUUCCCAUUCACAAUGUGUUUGGCACCAUCAAGGGCGUCAAUGAAGAUGAAGUUAUUGUUGUGGGAAACCACCGAGAUGCAUGGAUCAGAGGUGGAGCAGGUGAUCCCAACUCAGGAUCUGCUGCCAUGCUUGAGAUUCUUCGCGGUUUGCAAGAAGCGUGCGAGUUGGGCUUCAAGCCUUACAGAAGUAUCCUUUUUGCUUCGUGGGAUGGCGAGGAGCCGGGUCUUUUAGGAUCUACGGAAUGGGCUGAAGAUCACGCAAGUUGGAUCUCCAAGAAGGUGGUGGCUUAUUUGAAUGUUGACAGUGCUGUGACUGGAAACACGUUACUACUCGAAUCUUCGCCUGUGUUGAAGAAUUUACUAUUGAAUGUUGCAAAAGAAGUGGAGUAUCCUAAGGGUGGAACUUUGCAUGAGCAUUAUAUGACAUCCAUUUUCAAGGGCCAUGUCCCCAUAUUGGGCAGUGGAUCUGACUACACGGUGUUCUUGGACCACUUGGGAAUACCCUCUUUUGAUUUAGGAUUUGCCUGUAAUCCGGAGACGGAUCCAAUUUACCAGUACCAUCUGAACUAUGAUUCUUUCUACUGGAUGGAAACAUUCACGGACCCUGGUUUUGUGUACCACAAUGUUGUGAGCAAGUAUUUGGGAAAGAUAAUUUUGCGACUUAGUGGGCCAGAAUUGUUGCAGUUAGACAUGCUGCAGUCUGCAGUUGACAUUCAGAGCUAUUUUGAUGACGUGCUUAAGGACAUUCCCCAGGAAUGGUAUCAUUACAAGGGUCGUGAACCUCAUAACUACAAGCCCUUUGGUGAUUUGAUGGCUUUCCGUGACUUGCAGGCAUCUGCUGAGAAACCACACUUCGAGUUUGUCAACGAAUUCACCGAGGCAGUCAAGAUGGUGAAGAAUGCGCUCAAGUUAUUUGAGAAGAAUACCCUUGCUCUUGAUGAGCUGAGAAGGGCAUUACAGGCGGAUUUAUACAAGCCCAAGACCUUCUGGCAACGGUCUAAAACUGUGCCCAAGGUGGUGUUCACCAACUUGAAGUUGGGACUUUUAGAAAAAGCCUUCUUGUACGCUGAUGGAUUGAACGAUCGACCAUGGUUCAAGCACACAAUAUUUGCAAGUGGUAGGUAUACUGGUUAUGCUGGCCAGUCGUUACCAGGAUUGAGAGAGGCCAUCGAGGACAACGACGUCGAAAGUGGUCUUAAGUGGAUGAAUGUGCACUGGCAGUCCAUCUACGUUGGUGCUAUUUUAGCUUCCAUUGGUAUGUGA